AUGGGAUACAGGAACAUAGGUCAGAUUGAGGAGGAGGUCAAAAUCACGAUCGUGCUAGGUGGUCUGGGUCAGGAAGAAAUGGAAGAUCAGAUGAGAGUCAUCCGAGCUCAAAGAAAAUCCGGUGGUAUUUUCAAAUCCCACACCCACCACAACAAGAACCCCGCUCGAUUGAGGAACCUCGAUUUCGCCGAGAAGAACGGUUACAUCAGAGGUGUGGUUAGGGAAGUCAUCCACGAUGCUGGUCGAGGUGCUCCCCUCGCCACUGUCGUCUUCCGAGACCCAUACCGAUACAAGCUCCGAAAGGAAACUUUCCUCGCUGCCGAAGGUAUCUCUACCGGAUCAUUCAUCUACGCCGGUAAAAAAGCUACUUUGAACGUCGGAAACGUCUUGCCCAUCUCUCAAUGUCCCGAAGGUACCAUCGUCUGUAACGUUGAGGAGAAGAUUGGUGAUCGAGGAGCUUUGGCUAGAACUUCCGGUAACUACGCUACCGUCAUUGGACACUCUGAGACUGGUGUUACCCGAAUCAGAUUACCUUCCGGUGCCAAGAAGACCAUCUCAUCCCGAUGCAGAGCUACCGUAGGUAUCAUCGCUGGUGGUGGAAGAAUCGACAAACCUUUCCUUAAAGCUGGUCGAAAACACCACGCUAUGAGAGCCAAGAGAAACUCAUGGCCUAGAACCAGAGGUGUUGCCAUGAACCCCGUCGAUCACCCUCACGGUGGUGGUAACCAUCAACACAUCGGUCACGCUUCCACAAUGGCCAGAGAUGCCCCAUCAGGUCAAAAAGCCGGUCUUAUCGCUGCCAGAAGAACUGGUCUUCUCCGAGGUACCGCCGGAAAGACCGUCGACACUGCUUAA